AUGCUGCACUCGACACCAACCAGACAGCCCAGGGCGGGGGUUGGGGCCGGGGGAGGGGGUGCUAGACUUUCAGGCCCCCCCCCCCCAUUUCCCCCCAUGGAGUCUUCCAGGCUGCACAGGCCCCAUCCCAGGCCCUGUUCCCAUCGCAUCCCUUCCCGGUCUCAUUGCCUGCAUUCCGAGAGGAUGUUGAGGAUGCUGGCCCAGGAGACCUUUGGGGAGCAAGAAGGCGUUUCCCGUCUGUCAGACACCCGACUUCCUGUAAAUCGCCCUGCUGUGCGUACGAGGCCUGGCUGCUCCCCCUGUGUGAUUGGCAAGAGGCCUGAUGCCUGCUAA